AGGCUGACACUAGCAGUAGCACAGACAGGAGUCUAUUUCAGUGAGCCAUUCACGUUUGGCACUCAUACUAUAAAUCUGAUAAUUCUCCAUCGUCUCUCAGAAAGCUGAUUGCUGCCACGAGCAGACACUCUUUUCUUCUGUUUUUAAGGUGCAGCAUAAGGAGCCGCUCAGGUACAGAGAUGCUCUUAUUCUGUAACUUGUGUUUGGGUCAAAUCUAAUGUAGUGCGUAUGUGACAGUCUAUCAACAUGGGGUUAUUAUUAGAGUACUAUGAUUUACAAAAAUACUGUAUGUUGAGUCCUUCUUAAUCUGCCUUGUCAUUACUGUGUUGUUUAAUUCUGAUUUUGUUGUGGUUAACUUAAACAUCAAGUUGAAAGUGGUCAUCCUACAUGCCUGCGGAUUAUCUGGCCAUUCACUUUUUCUGUCGCCUAUGCAGAGACUCUUGUCAGUUAUGUUAACACAUGCACGGACUCCAUACUUUGACACUUUACAUGUGAUAUAAUUGCUUCUUAAGGUAAUGUGCUACUGAUUUUUAAUUACUUUUAACAGUGGAAAUGUAUUUUUUAACAUUCAUAAUUUUGAUUAUAAAUAAUUAAGAAAAAUAACCCUCUAUAAUGUGAUUUAUAUUGCUACUAGUAAGUGUAAAUUACAACAGAAUUACUUGUCUGGUACAAUGAGUAUCUUCCUCUGCUUUAAAUCGCAUCGCUGUAACAACUGAGUGAGCGAUAAAUAACUGUGUGCACCUUGCUUUAAAGGGCCAAUGAGUGUUUGGAGUGAGUGAAAUACUUGAGAGGUUAGAGGGAUCGUUCAUCUUCUCCUGUGUACAGCUUUACUUGUAGAGGGGGUUUCAAUUAAGGAAAUGAGCUUUGCUGGUUAUUUAAUGUACUAUAUAACUUCAGUUUUCACAAGAUCAUGUAUUUCUUGCAAAAAGACUUCAUGCUUUUCUCCACUUUGAAAAUUCUAGUGAAAGGAUUUGACACAACAAUGGCUGAGCUGUGAGUAUCAUCACUUAUGGUUUCUUUUAAUGUCCUUAUAGGAUGACUAAAAGCUUUUUGUUUAGCCAGUUUUUGGUGGUCUGUAUGUGAAUGCGCUGACAUGUGUUAUCUCCUUCUUGUUAUUGCUCAAACAGACCUGUGAGUAUCUAUCUUACGACAUUUUACUAAUAAUUCAAUAUUUUAAAUCCCACAUUUGUCCAUUAAGGCCAAGAGAUAAUGUGAGUAAAUGUGAUAGUAUUUGGAGUACAGACUGAAUGAAUGUCAUUUAUUUAUUAUAGAAAAAAUGUAAAAUCUCAUCCUCUCGACGACUGGGGUUGAAGGUAAAUUUUCUCUUCAUUUGAGACUUUCUUUGUUUAUCAACACCUACUUAUAUUGCAUAUAAUCAUGCAUACUAAUCAACAGCCAAAACUAGAUUAGCUAAAACGUUUAAGCAGUAUGAAAAUUCCCUGAAACAUGAAUUGCUUGUGCUGCCUGUUGUUUUAAACACAUAGUUUACAUUGUGGUAUUUCUGUGGAUGAAUACACUUUAAAGGUUGUUUCAUCAUCAUGUUUCAGUUCUCCCUAUAAAUUGAGUAUCAUUUGUGGAAUUUGUAAAAACCUUUUUCCUUUUUGCCCUGGGAAUUUUACGUUUUCAUAUGUGCUUAUUUUUAUCUAUUUUUUUCUUAGAUUAGACUGUUGGCAACGGCUGCUCAGAUGCUGCAGCAGGAAAAGGAGCAGAAGAUACAGGAUAGAGAAGCUGCUCUUGCAGAAAGAGUUCCUCCCCUAAAUCUGUCCGGCCUCUCAGUGCAGGAGCUGAUGGUAAAUCACUUUGUAAUCAUGUUUUGUCUAUCUCUUUCUAUCCCUUUUCCCAUUUUUCUCCUACAUUAGUAUACCACUGAAGCAUGACUUUUACUCUUCCCAAGGAUCUUUGCAAAGACUUGCAUCACAAGAUUGAUGUAGUCGAUGAAGAGCGGUAUGAUAUCGGCCUCAAGGUGAACAUAAAUGUCACAGAGGUGAGCUGCUUGAAAAUCAAUAUGGUAAUCAAUAGAUGCAUGUCUAUACGUUCCUGUUUCUAGUAUUUGUUCUAUGAAGACAAUAAAAACAACAUAACAAGCUGAAAAUUUAACCAACACUACCUCCCAGUGGCAGGAGUGAGAAUCACAACACAUGAUAGAGCCAUGAAUAGACAUUUGUUAUAUCCCACAUAGUUAAUGUUAAGUUUAACAUGACUCCAAAUUGGUGAUUGAGAGAAAACAGGAAGUGUUUGAGUAAAGCAGGAGCACACAGACUUACUCUAUUUUGUGGCAUUCAGGAUAUUUAGUCUCAAGUCACAUUGGUGAACUUGCCUAAACUAAGAUAAAACACAGGGCUAAAUUAUGACUGCUGAUUUUUGCCACCAAUUAAUUGCAUUGCCAUUUAAACUUAAUUGAGGUUAGACUUAUAAUUAAUAGUACUUUAGUGCUCUAGACGUUGUGGACUCUAGUCCAUAAUAUCUUGAAUUACCCCAAAGAAGCUAAGAUCCGGGUAAUAUGAUUCUGUGUAUAUAGACUUGUGUUCAUUUGUUUCCUUCACUUUAAAAUUGUACAAAAGUUUAAUAAAUUGUAUUUUUACCCAUUAAAAAAUAAAAACACUUCAGAGUUAGUUUGACCAAACAAUAUUUUGCAUGAUAUUUAGAAGUAUUUAAUUGUGUAGCUGCAGGUUGCAACUAAUUUACAACAUCUCUCCUUCCGGUAACACUUCAUUUGAUCCCUAUGUCUAUAACGCAUUAUAAAUAUAUGUAUAAUGUGUUAUAAUCACGUUAUAGCACUGUAUAACUAUAAUUAUAAACACUCAUAGAUGAUCAAAAUACUUUAUAAUAAUAAUCAUAAAACAUUAUAAAGCAUUUUAUCAUGACUUACAAGGUCAGGUUUUAUAAUGUGUUACAACUAUUUACAACUCAUUGACAAUGUCCACAUAGAUAAUGUAAUGCAACCGUUGUGUUGAAUAUACUUAGAUUAAUUUCUAAUGUUGUGGUUCCUGAGUAGAUUGAAAACAUGAAUCUGAAGAUCACUGAGAUCCAGAGCAAGUUCAAGAAACCAACCCUGAAGAGAGUGAAGAUCUCAGCUGAAGCCAUGCUCAGCGUCCUGCUGGGCUCCAAACACAAGGAGUCCAUCGACUUCAAGGCCAACCUCAAAACAGUCAAGAAGGAAGAGGAGAAGGUAAGACAGGCCUUAGCUUUGGUGACUGUUAAAUCAUUUGAAGAUCGGCAUAGUAACCUCUUUUGUAUUUCCAUUUUAAUGUCAUGGUUGUAACAGAAGGAAGAGGUGACUGACUGGCGCAAGAACGUAGAGGCCAUGUCUGGUAUGGAGGGCAGGAAGAAGCUGUUUGACGCCUCUGGAAACUAGAGAAAGAAACUUUUCAGUAACACAAAAUCCUUUUUGAGUAAAUUCUCAAUAUUUCUUACCAGCCGAUCCACGAUUAUACAUUAAGAUUACAAAACCUCGAGUGAAUUUGUGACAACAAUGAAAAACAUGUUUGAUAUUUGUUGUAAUUCCAAACAGAGGUAUAAAGGACGGGGAAUGAUUUUCAUUAUAAACAAAGUCACUACAGGCUUUGAGUGGAUUUUGGAUGAUUGGAAAAGAGGAUUAAAGAUUUAUACUUAUCUUUGAGUUUUGUAGAAGUAGUUGACUGUUGCUACUGCUAGCUGUUUUGUGUUGGUAAUGCAGUGACUGUUUGUUGUAGUGUCACUCCGCUGCCAUGUGAUGGCAGCACAACUCUUAAAAUCAUCUCAGGAUUCUCAGGACACACAUGGGCUAUCUAGAGUUGACUGUGGAGGAAAUAUUGUUACCCCCUCUGUUCGCCACAGUGAUGAAUUACCAUAUUUUUUGUCAGACAUUAAACCUGUAUUCAUUAUUAAAGGCAUUAAAGACAGCCUAGUUAAUGUUAAUGCUCUGCUAGUACAUUCUCUUGAUGUUUGGUUGGUUUGCUUGAUACAAACAUGAAAAUUGAUGCUCCUAAAAUAAAAAAGCAAACAGUCUCGA